ACUUCUGUUACCGUCUGCUCACUUCUCCAUGAAUCCCAACGGUCUAUUUUCCAGCGCUUAUAAAAAUAAUCGUGAAAUUAUGCCUCUCUACAGGUUGCUUCAAUUCUCUCUCUUCAGCAGUCAGCACUCCCACUCUCACUAAAUGGCACCGCGAAUCUCCUCUCAGUUACUCUUUCUCUUCUCCAUCUCCCUCGACGCAGCAUUAGCCGCGGGCGGCGGAGAAGCGGCGGCGAGGGAGCUGUGGUGCGUGGCGAAGAACAACGCGGAGGACGCAGCCUUGCAGUCCGCCCUCGACUGGGCGUGUGGGCCCGGCGGGGCGGACUGCGGACCCAUCCAAAAUGGUGGGCCCUGCUACGACGCGUCCGACGUGGCUCGGACGGCGUCGUACGCCUUCAAUGACUACUAUGUCAAGAAUCGCAACUCCGACGACAGCUGCAGUUUUAGCAACACCGCUGCCGUUACCGACCUCAACCCCAGUCACGGUAAUUGCAAAUUCCACUCAAGCUCAGGAGCAAGUAAUGGGAACUUGAGUGGAGGCGGAGCGGGCAUAGCCGGGGCGGAUACUUCAGACUUAAGCAGUAGUAACUCAAUUGUUGGAUGGGAUGGGGGUUCCAUUCUCAUUCUCUUCUUUGUGAUUGUGCGGCUCUUCGUUUAGGACGCAAUGGACAUAAGUUGGAUUAAUAAAUUACCCAUCUUAAAAAGAAAGGAAUUGUAAUUAGUUAGGUCGAUCAAAUAGUCUUUGUAUUUUGUUUCUGUUGUUAUUAAUUAAGUUUGAUUAACGUGAUUAUUGUA